AAUACGACAUUGUGUGCAUUGAGCAACCAACCUAAAUAAUUGUCAUCGCUAAUCCUGAUCAUCCUUUUUACACUCUCCUUAAUUAUGACAAAAAUAGUGCUCUAAUUAAAUGAUUACGUAUCUGCAAAAUGGAAAAUAUUUGUCCUGAUUCCACAAAACACGUAUAUUUCUCAAAGUUUAAAAAUCUGGUCUGGUGCUGCGGAAUCAAGUUGUCAUUUGCUGUAAAAUUCAUAGCACUUUUUGACAUUACGUUAUCAAUUAUUUGGAUAAUUCAACUUUCUCGGAUAUUUCCAACGUAUCUGGACCUGAACUGGACCAGCUUGAACGAAUCCUGCUCGAAAAACGGAUCUAUUUUGCAGACAUUUUGGGGAUUUUACCUCGUUAAAUCCGUUGCAACCAUAUUUCUCUCCAUACUUUUGUUUAAUGCUGAAAUUUCUCGCAACGUUAGGAAGUUUAAACUCUGGAUAUUUAUUAUAAGCGUAGUUUUUGUAAGCUGCAUGGCCGUGAGCAUUGUCCACGUUUCAAUUUACUAUGAUGGAAAUAGGGCAGGGUUGAUUAUUUUUAUUAUUGUGGCUACCAGCGUUUAUCGACCCUAUUCCAUAAUGAUUGUUUGGAAAUUCAUGAAAUCCUUGAGACUUGCUGGGAGGUCAAAUUCAUCGAGCAAAAAUCUCAAGGACAGAGAAGUGGAGAUGUUUUUCAACGGUAGCUUUCGACACUUUCAACCUCCUCCGGGUUUUGGUGACGUUGAAAAGGCCGAACAUGGACCAUACAACACAUAUUUUGAAAUUUCCAGAGAUUGCUUGAACAUUGAUGAGGAAAACCCAUUGGAAAAAACAGAGAGUGACCUUCUGCUUCUUAAAGGAAACAUGAAACUUCCGAGCGGAAGUUCAAUCCUUGUAGCAGUCAAAACAACAACGAAUAAUGUGGAUGUGGCACAUUUCAGAGCUAUCCUUUCUGAACUCAAAAUUAUGACCUAUGUCUCAUCAGUUCAAAAACAUGAGAAUAUUGUGGAGCUGUUAGGAGCCGUGACUUGCGAUAUUGCACAACGAAAAAUAAUGAUAAUACUGGAAUAUUUUCCUUAUGGAAAUUUUCAUCAAUUUCUGAAAUCUCACAGAGGGGCUUUUGUGAACUUGGUGAGAAAUGGAACUUUGUCCAGAGAUUACGCAGUACAACAUUAUUGCAAUGUCCAACAAGUAUCAUUGAAAAGCAGCCUUGUUACGACGUUCUCAUUGCUUCGAUGGAGUUUUGAGAUUUGCAAUGCUCUAAAAUAUCUGGCUUCUAUUGGAGUUGUACAUGCAGGCAUUUGUACCAAAAACAUCUACUUGACUGAAGACAAAGUGGCAAAAAUUUCGAUUCCUGCUUUGCCAUCACAGUUGCAUCGAUACAGUUCCUAUGAUGCAUCCGAAGAGCAAAGUUUUUGGCGCUGGAUGUCGAUCGAGUCGUUGCGUGACAUGACUUUUACGACGCGUUCAGAUGUUUGGACGAUUGGUAUCACAAUUUAUGAAAUUUUUACACUGGGAUCAGUCCCAUUUCAUGGCUUAUCAUGGACUCCGGAUUUUGUAAACUAUUUGAUACGCGGUCUCAGAAUGAACAAACCUGCAUUCGCUCCGCAUAAAUUAUACACAGUACUUCUUGAAUGUUGGGACAAUGAUCCAAGUCGAAGACCUUGCCCAGAGCAGCUGUGUACCUUCUUUGAGGGUAUCUUAAGGGAACAUAAGAUUCUCGACAAUCAUUAUCUUGCAGACGUUACCGGAGGGGGUGGUGUUUCAGAUGACAACAUUUCGACGGACAGCAGUUGCAUUGCAACUCCGCUUGGCAGUGCUUAAUUAGUAUUUACGUAAUAUAAUUAGCAUUUGUGAAAUUUUUACAUAUGAAUAAACAUAAACUGUACAAAAAAUUA